AUGGGGCUGCAGUCGCUGAACCGUGCACUUUUCCCGCAUGACCCCACCAUCGGGAAACGCCGACGGGAAGGGGCCGCCCAACUUCAGCUUCAGCAGAUAGCUCAGCAGCAACAGCAGCAGCAAUUUCAGCAGCAGCAAGUGGCUUUGCAGCAGCAGCAGCAGCAGCAUUUCCAGGCCCAACAAUCAGCCAUGCAACAACAAUUUCGGGUCCAGCAGCAGCAAGCAGCAGCAGCUGCAGCAGCCCAGCAACAGCAGCAGCAGCAGCAGCAGUUGCAAGCUGUCCAGCAGCAGCAACAGCACAUGCUGAAACUGCAGAUGCAGCAGCAGCAAAACCAGCAGCAGAUCCAGAAGCAGCAACAGCAACAACAACUCCAGCGAAUUGCCCGAACGCAGCAGCAACAGCAACAAAUACCACAGCAACAGAUACAGCAGCAGCCACCUCAACAAGUAACAGAUCAGCAGAUGCAACAGAUGCAGCAGCAACAGCAGCAACAACAGGUUGCUCAGGCACAGCAGUCUCAGCUUCCACCACAGUCCCAGCCUCAACUCCAGCCCAUGGUGUCUCAGGCACAGGCAAUCUCAGGACAAAUUCCUAGUCAGGUUAUGCCUGUCACUCUCACACCACAACAGUUAAAAGCAAUGCAGGUAAGAGCUCAGCUGGUCCAGCAGCAGCAGGCAGCAGCAGUGCAAGCAGCUCAGGCUCAAGCUGCUCAGAUGGGAGCUGCAGGACAGAUGAUCACCGCACCUAUGGCCCGAGCUGGGAUGCAAAUAAGACCACGGUUCCCGCCCACCACCGCUGUGUCUGCCACGCCACCAAGCUCCAUUCCUUUGGGCAGACAGCAAAUGUCACAAGUCAGCCAGAACAACAUUACCAUGAUGUCAUCCCCAUCUCCUGUCCAGCAAGCUCAAACACCCCAGUCAAUGCCUCCUCCACCACAGCCGCAGCCAUCUCCUCAACCAGGCCAGCCCACUUCUCAGCCAAACUCAAAUGCUGGCUCUGGCCCAGCUCCAUCAUCUAGCAGUGAUGGAGUCCCCAGCCCAUCUCCACAACCAUCCCAGAGCCCAGCAGCUGUGCAAACACCUCAGAACUUCCGUGUCCAAUCCCCAGGUCCUUUAAACACUCCAGGAAAUCCAAAUUCUCUCAUGAGUCCAGCCAGUUCUAGCCAGUCAGACGAGCAACAGUAUCUGGAGAAACUCAAACAACUAUCAAAAUACAUUGAGCCACUCCGGAGGAUGAUCAAUAAGAUAGACAAAAAUGAAGAUAGGAAGGAGGACCUGAGUAAAAUGAAGAGUCUUUUAGAUAUCCUGACUGAUCCUUCAAAACGAUGCCCUCUGAAGGCAACACAGAAAUGUGAAAUUGCUCUGGAGAAGCUCAAGAAUGAUAUGGCUGUGCCUAUUCCACCACCUCCCCCGGUGCCCCCCACCAAGCAGCAAUACUUGUGUCAGCUGCUUUUGGAUGCUGUCUUGGCCAACAUCCGUUCACCAGUCUUCAACCAUUCCCUUUACCGUACCUUUAUGCCCGCUAUGACUGCAAUCCAUGGUCCGCCAAUCACGGCCCCUGUCGCUUCACCUCGAAAGCGGAAAUAUGAAGAGGAUGAAGGACAGACCAUACCAAAUGUCUUGCAAGGGGAAGUUGCAAGAUUAAAUCCUAGAUUCCUGGUGAACCUAGACCCCUCCCAUUGCAGUAAUAACGGCACAGUUCAUCUCAUAUGCAAGCUAGAUGACAAGAAUCUUCCAAAUGUCCCACCACUACAGCUCAGCGUUCCAGCAGACUACCCAGAUCAAAGCCCUCUGUGGAUAAAAAACCCGAGACAAUAUGCAGCCAAUCCGUUUUUGCAGUCAGUGUAUCGGUACAUGACUUCAAAACUAUUGCAACUUCCAGACAAGCAUUCAGUCACUGCACUCUUAAACACCUGGGCACAGAGUAUUCGUCAAGCCUGCCUGUCUGCUGCAUAACAUCUUGCUUCCUAAAUCAUGAAGAAAGAAAUAGGGUCUCGACAGCUGGC